GCCCCCGGGGGGGGAGAGCCUGAGCCCCCGGGGUACAGCCCUCUGGAGAGGGAGCAGUUCCAGCAGGUGCUGUAAAGCGUCAUCACAGCCGGAUCUGGAGUCCGGCUCCUGUUAAUUUCUGAGUAAAGUUUGUGGACAAAGGGCGGCUCAUUGCUGUACAGGCGGGGAGGGGGCACAGGCAGCUCCAGCCCCACCUGCGGCUGUUGUUAUGUUGUAUUUCUUGUUUGUGGUGUAAACUGUCCAAAUCCCUGACUGUGCAGCGCCUUGGGACGCCCUCCCGACAUGACAGGCUCUGAAACCGAGGUCGAGUGUCUUGAGUCUCAAAACCUCAGGUGGAAGUUCUGUCUUCCUGGAGGAACAGAAAACGUAGUUUCUCUCACUGACUCGGAACAGAACACUCAGAAAAUUGGAGGCAAGAUGUUGACUUUGAAAUAUCUUUCAUUGGGAGUCCUGGUGUUUCAGACCACCACUCUGGUAUUGACUAUGCGUUAUUCACGUACCUUAAAGGAAGAAGGGCCCCGUUAUCUAGCCUCAACUGCUGUGGUCAUUGCUGAGAUAAUGAAGAUUGCAACAUGCAUUUUAUUAGUCUAUAAAGAUUCUGGUUAUAGUUUUCGAACACUAAAUAGAGUGUUACAAGAAGAAAUCUUCAACAAACCAAUGGACACAUUAAAACUUGCCAUUCCUUCUGGAAUUUACACUCUUCAAAAUAACCUCCUUUAUGUCGCUUUGUCAAAUUUAGAUGCUGCAACAUAUCAGGUUACUUAUCAGUUAAAGAUUCUCACAACAGCCUUGUUUUCUGUGACAAUGCUUGGAAAAAACCUGAGUGUUUAUCAAUGGUUCUCUCUCCUAACUUUAAUGGCGGGUGUGGCUCUUGUUCAGUGGCCAACAGACAGCGCGGAGCAUUUGAAGAAGGAGCUCUCGGCAGGAUCCCAGUUUGUGGGGCUUGUGUCUGUUCUCAUUGCUUGUUUCUCUAGUGGCUUUGCUGGAGUAUAUUUUGAGAAAAUUUUAAAAGGAUCAAAGCAGUCUGUUUGGAUUAGAAACAUCCAAUUAGGUUUGUUUGGUAGUAUUUUUGGAAUGAUGGGUGUGUACGUAUAUGAUGGGGAGCGAGUAAAAGAAGAUGGAAUUUUCCAGGGUUACAACAACCUCACGUGGAUUGUAGUACUUCUACAGGCUCUGGGAGGUCUAGUAAUAGCAGCUGUCAUCAAAUAUGCAGACAACAUUUUGAAAGGAUUCGCCACAUCAGUAUCUAUUAUUCUUUCAACAUUGAUCUCAUACUUUUGGCUGCAGGAUUUCAUGCCAACCAGUGUCUUUUUCUUUGGUGCAUUACUGGUGAUAACUGCAACAUUCCUGUAUGGAUAUGAGCCGAAGCCCACAUCCAAUCCAAGCAAAGCAUGAAGUCAUGAUCACCAGCACUUCUUUUUGUGGGGUUAAAACCCGCAGAACAAUGAAACUGCAAGCUGCUACCUGGAGAUACUUCAAGGUUACAGACAAUAGAACAUGUUUUGUUAAAGGACAAAAUAUUUACUUUUAAGUUAUCAAAAGUGAGGAAUUUAAUGUAAUUUCAUAGGAUCAGGGUGGUAUUCCAAUAACUUGUGAAAUACCAGAGGUGUAGAAAGAUAAGUGGUACAAAAUAAUCUUGCUGUUUUAACUUUGGUACAAUGUAAAGUCAGAAAGGGUUCAGCAAUCAACAAGGUUUAAUUUUCUUUCUUCUCUCAUCCCACAAAUUGAACAAAUGUUAAACUGUUCACAUUUUGUGCCUGAGAUCCCUUUGAUCAAAGGUGCAAACGUUUAGCCUAAAAUUCAGGAGAAUUGUAAUUCUGAUUAUUUGUAUAAUUGCAUAAAGAUCUUCUUGCUUGUUCCUGCAUUUUCUGUGCAGGUUUCCACCUGGUUGAGGUGCUCCUGAGCAUAGCACAUCUCAGUCCAUGAGCAAUCCAACUUUAUCUUCACCAAAUAAUUAUUUUUCAUGUUGAUAUUUAAUGUCAGUUGAGGUUAGUUACCAACAGUGACUUUGACCCAAACACCAUUGAGUUUUGUUCUUUAAAUGACUGUUUUUAAAAAGAACAAUUUAUAUUUUAAGUUUUAUCUGCUUUCCACACUUGUGAAAGAUAAACCUGGUAGUCAUGUUAACAAGCAGGUGAAGGGAUGACAAUCCUCAUAUCUAUUGGCACUGAAACAUUUAAAAACACUUGUGCAAGUUUCCAUUUAAUACUACAAGAGAAAUUCCCUCCAGUGCAUGUUUCUUCAUUUUGUAUUAAUAUUGGUUAUUCAUAAAAUCUAACCACUGAGGUUAAUGUAUUAAUUUGAUCAUUGUGUUUCAAUUAAGGAAUCCAUUGUCAGAAUUCUAAACACUUUAUGGCAGGAACUUCCUCCCAAUUACCUUUCAGUAGGAGAGACUAAGUGAAGGUGGUGUAUGUGCGAUGGAGGAUUUGUGGUGGGAUAAAUAUAAACAGAAACCAGGUGCUUUCUCACAGUCUGGUAUAUUAUCCUGGAUUGCUCUUCUGAUCCUCCUCAUAACCAGUAACAAAGCAACCAUGUCUCAACCUCGUGCUACUCCCUGGCCUCUGCUCAUUGUGGCUGUGAUGGUAACUCUCCACAUGGAACAUUGCUGGUGUAAACCAGGCUUCUUAGCACUGAACUUCAAGUCAUCAGGCAGCCAUAUUUUAUAUAUUUAAAGAUUUUUAAAAAAUUGGCUUGCUAGUGGCUCAUUUAGCAAAGCCACUGAAAAUACGCCACACAGUCCAGAAAGGAACAAAACUGUGGAAAGUUUUUAUGAAACUCUGCAAGACAUUAUUCUACAUGAAGAGCACCUUACUCUCACCUCUCCUGGAAAGUGCGCAAACCACUCGGUUAAUUAUAGUGAUUAUCACGUUAAAAAAAACCUCAAAGCACUUUACAAUAUGAGAUUAAUUAGAAAUGAAUGAAUUGUUAUGGAGGCAAGUAGUAAAAUGUGCCAGCAAUGUCUGACAACUACUUAAUUAGUUGUAGCCAAUUGGGAUGAGUAUUGAAAGGUUUACUAAGAAUAUACAGUCCAUGCCAGUGUUUAUACUCCACAUGAGUCUCUGCCCAAUCCUA